CAUACAACGUUGUUCAUUUCAAAUAAUUUGAUUGAAUCAGUUGGUACUACCAAGUUGAAAGAGUUGAUACCUUCAAUUGACAUAUCAUCAGUUUUUGUUCCUUUUUCGAACCAUCAAUCAGUUUAUCUUGCGGGAAGAAUAUCCCAUUUGAUGUCUUCACUUGCCAUUUUGUUGGAAAAUGUUGCUGGUAUCUCUAAACAACAAUUAUUAAAGGAUUUCCCACCAGAACAAAUUCCAGUGAUUGGAUUACAAAAUGGCGAGUUCAUACGAUCUGAAACAAAUCAAAGAUUAUUAGAUAGAAGUAAACAAUCAUUAGCUAAAUACCUAAGCCAGGAUUAUAAAGGUGAAAGACCACAACAAGUUGAUCCAAAGAUCCAUACUCAAAAACAGAUUGAAGAAGCUAUAAAGGAGUCACAAAAGAAGUCCAAGACUCUAGAAACAUUAAAACAUGCGAUUGAUGUCCCUGUGGAUUUCAUAAGUUCCAUUAUUGGUAAGAAUGGGUUAAAGAUUACAGAGAUUAGGUCCAAAUCCAAUAGUAAUGUCAUUAUAGAUGACCAAAUCAAGAAUAACCUCUACAAAGUGGUGACCAUCACUGGAUUGCCAGAGUCAAACCUAAUUGCUCUUCAGUAUAUAGCUGGUCUCAUUGUCUAAAAAGGAACCAUCAUUUUACUCCGAUCUGUAGUUUUUCCAUAGUUAAGCCUUUUUUCUGCAAGGGGACGAUUUAGUUUUUUUUUGGAAGAAAA